CUUGAAUUUGGCUGUGCAAAGGCCUUUGCAUUGUGUGCGUGUGUGUGGAUCGAAUGGGUCGUCGAAACGCAAGCUUGGCCAACAAAACGUCCUACUUUAAUGCCUUGUGCUCGUAUGAAAUCAAUGAAUGAAUGAAUCAAUUACACAGCCAAACAUGUCAUAAUGGAAGGAAGCUACAACCAACAAGCACCCCUUGGUUUUCCUGGCUUUUAUCUUUUCUUUUCUUUUCCCAGCUCCCCGUGGCCGAGAAAAUAAUGGUGAUCUCUUGAGACUGCGUGCCGUGUACAAUGAUUGAUGAUGCAUUCGUCGGUUUUUCCCCCUUCUGAUUCCUUUUAGGUUUUGGGUUCUGUGCUGAAUGGCAAAUAUUCCGUUUCCUUUCUGCCAUCUUCUUCUCUUAUAAGUUUUUUUUUGGUUCUUUCCCCUUAAUUCCUGGAGAGCCGAAGUGGAGGUUCUUGUUGAGAUCUGGAAGAAGAUCAGACAUGGGUCUGUUGAGUACUAUAUUGGGUCUUUGGGGAUUUGGAGUGGGGAUUACAUUUGGGCUCCUGAUUGGGUAUUAUCUGUUCAUCUACUUCCAACCGAGCGAUGUCCAGGUCUUAUCUCUGGAUUUCAUCCUUCUAAGGGCUUUUGUCAAUUUGAGAUGGUUAGUUUUACGAAGCAGAGUGAGAAACUGCUCGGAAUCAAAAGGUUUGCAGACUUGAGAAAAGCAGAAAUCCUUUGCCAGACAUUAACAUCAGAAUUGUAAAUAAAGGGCUUGGAAAUUCACGGAGAAUAGAGCAGGAAAUGAUCUGUUAUUGGUUCAUUUCACCAGAAAGCAUUAUUUGUAGCUCUGGCUUUGUCAUUGGAUUUUAGUUGUUGGACCACUAAAAGAGUCAUUUUUGUCCUCUAAUGUGCUACAGGAUCCUGUAAUUCGUCCGCUAGUUGAGCAAGACACUGAAACUUUACAACGGUUGCUUCCGGAGAUACCCCUUUGGGUGAAAAACCCAGACUAUGACCGUCUUGAUUGGCUUAACAAAUUCAUUGAAACAAUGUGGCCCUAUUUGGAUAAGGCAAUCUGCAAGACAGCAAAAGAUAUAGCACAGCCCAUUAUUGCCGAGCAAAUUCCAAAAUACAAAAUUGACUCAGUUGAAUUUGAAACACUGACCUUGGGGACCAUGCCCCCAACUUUUCAAGGCAUGAAAGUAUACAUCACUGAUGACAAGGAGUUGAUAAUGGAACCGGUCCUGAAGUGGGCAGGAAAUCCUAACAUCACCGUUGCAGCAAAGGCCUUUGGGCUGAGGGCCACUGUACAGGUAGUCGAUCUCCAAGUAUUUGCUUCGCCACGCAUCACCUUGAAGCCUUUGGUUCCAACCUUUCCUUGUUUUGCCAAAAUAUUAGUCUCUCUUAUGGAGAAGCCUCAUGUUGACUUUGGCUUGAAACUGCUAGGAGCAGAUGCUAUGUCCAUCCCUGGACUGUAUAGGUUUGUCCAGGAGCUUAUAAAAGAUCAAGUUGCUAAUAUGUACCUCUGGCCCAAAACCCUUGAAGUGCCAAUAUUGGAUCCUACGAAAGCCUUGAAGAGACCUGUUGGAGUUCUUAAUGUGAAGGUUGUGAGAGCAACAAAGCUUAAAAAGAAAGACCUUUUGGGGGCAUCAGACCCCUAUGUAAAACUAAAACUUACCGAGGACAAACUUCCCUCAAAAAAAACAACUGUCAAGCGUAAAAACCUUAACCCUGAGUGGAAUGAAGAAUUUGAUCUAGUUGUGAGAGACCCAGCAUCUCAAGCUUUAGAGGUCGAUGUUUAUGACUGGGAGCAGGUUGGCAAGCAUGACAUGAUGGGCGUAAAUGCAGUACCAUUAAAAGAUCUCACACCUGAUGAACCACAAGUGUUGACUCUUGAUUUGCUGAAAAGCUUGGAUACGGGUGCUGCUCAGAAUGAGAAGUCGCGUGGGCAGAUUGUUCUUGAAUUGACAUACAAACCUUUUAAGGGUGAGAUACCAAACGAGGAUGAAGAUUCAGGUGCAGUAGAAAAUGCUCCUGAUGGGACCCCAGAUGGUGGGGGGUUACUUGUCAUAAUUGUCCAUGAAGCCCAGGAUUUGGAAGGGAAGCACCACACAAAUCCUCAUGUGCGGUUACUUUUCAGAGGGGAAGAGAGAAGAACCAAGCCCGUAAAGAAAAACAGAGAUCCAAGAUGGGAUGAAGAAUUUCAGUUCAUGCUGGAAGAACCUCCAACUAACGACCGCGUCCAUGUGGAAGUCGUUAGCGCCUCUUCAAGGAUGGGUCUGCUGCAUCCCAAGGAAUCUCUGGGUUAUGUGGAUAUAAACCUGUCCGAUGUUGUGAGCAACAAGCGAAUCAACGAGAACUAUAAUCUGAUUGACUCAAAGAAUGGUCGGAUUCAGAUCGAAAUGCAAUGGAGAACUUCAUCUCGAUGACGGGGGGGGGGGGGGGGGGCUUAAUAAUUUGUCAUGCCGUGAUAAACAGCUUGCAGUUUCAGUACACUUUAGUUUGGAUGUGAUUUGGAUAUAUAUAAUAUACUGUUGAUGGAGCUAGAAGAAGAGAAAAACAAACAUAAAAUAAAGUAAGAUAAAAAAUUAAAAGUUA